UUUAAAAAACUCAACAUUUAAAACGUAACUCUUGGUUAAAUUUUUUUAUUAGCUUAAACAUAUAUAUAUAUCAUAUUAAAAAGAAUUAUUUAAUCGCUUCGGUUUUGUUGUUAUUACCAAUAUUUUCAGGUCCAGUCUUUUUUCCAGAGUCGCCAUUUUCGUAUUUUUUCUCGCACGCACUCUACCUUUGGACAAGGUACAAAUCAACCAACAAGGCCUGUCAGUUCAGACGCAUUUAAAAAAAAACCGAACGAAAGACUGUAUGAGUCAAAAAACACCGAAACCAACAUUAACUGGUCAGAGGAUUAAAACCAGAAAAAGGGAUGAGAAAGAAAAAUAUGACCCAACAAACUUUAGAGAUCAAAUAGUUGCUGGACUAAAUAAUGUGAAUUCAGAUCUUGAACAGGCCUCAAAGUUUUUAAUUCAAGCUGGCAGUAAGCUAGAUUUUCGUCGCUAUGCUGAAGCACUUUUUGAUAUUCUUAUAACUGGUGGAAUUCUUGGACCUGGUGGAACAAUAAAUGAUGACAAUGGUGCAACCACAAGUUUAUGUAUUUUUGAGACUGAGAAAGAUAUUAAAAGUAUGCGAAACAUGACUAGUGUUUUUGAGAGAAUGAUUCGUCAGUAUAAGUAUUUAGAAAAAUCUCUUGAUGAUGAGAUGAAAAAGGUGUUAAUGUUUAUGAAAGGAUUUUCAGAUGUCCAAAGAGAACGCCUUGCAAUUGCUGUGUACUUACUAAUUUCAAGUGGAUUGUCUUCCCCAGUCUGCCUUUCACAGAUAGUUAAUGAACAUCUCACUAAAGACGGUAUUGGGCUUGAUUUUGCUCGUACUUUGUUUUCUGUAUGGUUAAGUGAAAAAGAUUUCCCAAGUUUAAUCAGUAUGCUUAAAAAGUCAGAAAUUGAUGGAAAGUUAUUGGAACUUUUCCCAUUAAACAAACGUACUAUAGAAAACUUUGAAGCAUACUUCAGUGGUGCUAAUCUAAAUCAAAUAGUAGAGUUUCAAAGGAAUCAGAACACUCGAACUUCUAUACAAGAAUUAAAGAGUCGUUUAAAGAAGCUGCUUGAAAAUGAUGGUAGCGCUGCAGAGGUAAUUGCAGUUUCUAAGGAUUGCAAGGAAAAACAUAGUCUGAAAGAUUCAGAAGUUUGUAUUCUGUUGUGGACUUCAUUAAUGAAUGCUGUUGAAUGGAACAAAAAAGAAGAUUUGUUGGCUGAGCAGGCAUUACGUCAUUUAAAAAAAUAUUCUUCGGUUCUACAAGCUUUUACGCCAGAAAAUGAAGUUGAGCUUCUACUUUUGCAAAGAAUACAAGAAUAUUGUUACGAUAAUAUGAACUUUAUGAAACUCUUUCAGAAGAUCAUUAUGCUGUUUUAUAAAACUGAUGUUAUUGGAGAAGAUGCUAUCAUACGAUGGUACAAAGACGGUCACAGUGCUAAAGGCAAAAGUGUUUUUCUCAGUCAGAUGGAGAAAAUGGUUGAAUGGCUACAGAGUGCUGAAGAAGAAUCCUCCGAAGACGAAAGCGAUAAUUAAAAGCUUAAUCUACAUUUAUCGUGAGAAUUUCUUAAAAAUUCUUCUUACCCAGCCUCACUUCGGUUUGCUUAUGCUAGAAUCUGUGUAACUUAAAGUCGUAAUGUUUUUUAUAAUCCCCGUUCUUUUUUUAAAAAACGAAAUAAAAUGUGAAUAAGCGAUAUUUUAUCGCGUUUUUGUCAAUUAAAUUUCUGAGCAAACCAGCCUAAGGAUCUGUGAUUCCAUUUUUAAAUUGAGUAGUGUAUUGCAUUAGUAAUUAAAAGAAACCGUAUUUUGUAGUGUUUUUAGGAAAGAAAAAUAUAUAUCUUGGGUGGGUAUGACACAAAAUUAACUAUUGUAAGAUGGCGAAAUAUUCAUGUAUUACUCAAGUUUUUAUAGAUCAAUAUUUUUAAAAUUCAA